CCCCCGAUUUUCGGCGCAUCGCUCAAUCGCGCUGAUCCGUCCCUGUGUGCGAGAGUAUCCCACCCCCUCCCCCGCGGCUUUCUCACGUUCCCGGUUCCCGUGAGAUCCUGCGCGAUACGCGCCUCGCGUCCUGGCCUUGAUCGCGCGACGGCCGACGGCCGACGGCUUCGGUUACCCUCCGAAAAGCGAUGUAAUUGGCAGGAAGUAAACUCCAUUUCGACUCUCGACGACGUGUUUCCCCGCUGGAUCACGCGCCGCGUCUCCGAUCGCCCCGCACGGAGGAGGAGGAGGGUGCGAUGAAUCCCCGCGAGACGGAAUAUUACUCUGCCGUGCACCUUUCCACGGUGAUUGUGCGCCGAGUAACGUGCAACCGGACGUCAGGCUCGAUGAACGAUCAGUAAAUAUACUUGCAAAAACUAUAAGCACGUAACAAUGGAACACUCAGAGUUAGUGGCAGAGAUGGUACACGUUGAAAGACUGACCACGCAAGAGCGGUUACACCUGGCGCGUCAUCGUAGACUUCAACAAUUAAAAGUGUGGAGGCAACGCGAGAAGGAAUGGCUGCGGCACCAAACUAGGCAUACGAGUAAUAAGCGUCACAUAUACUUUAGCGACAGUGUUAUGUUGUUGGAAGCCGCUGCGAGAAAUGACAUCGAUGAAGUAAGAAGGCUUUUGAAAAAGGGUGUAAAUCCCGACUCGACGAACGAAGACGGUUUGACGGCGCUGCAUCAGUGUUGCAUAGAUGACAAUGAAGAGAUGAUGAAGCUACUCAUUGAAUUUGGUGCUAACGUGAAUGCGGAAGACAGUGAGAAAUGGACACCGUUACACGCUGCUGCCACGUGUGGUCACUUGCAUUUAGUCAAAUACCUUAUUGCCAGAGGUGCGAAUUUAUUAGCCGUUAAUGCUGAUGGCAACAUGCCGUACGACAUUUGCGAAGAUGAAAAAACGUUGGAUUGUAUCGAAGGAGAGAUGGCAAGACGAGGAGUUACUCAAGAAUUAAUAGAUGAAACAAGAGCUUCAACCGAGGUUCAAAUGUUACGUGAUUUGCAAAAGAUUGCUUCUUUAGGAGGUGACCUUGAAUAUAAAGAUCAUCAAGGUGCUACGCCUCUUCAUAUAGCAGCGGCAAAUGGGUACUUACGAGUCGUGGAAUUUCUUCUUGACCAACAUGUAUCAACGGAUGUAGAGGACAAUGACAAAUGGCAACCAGUUCAUGCAGCUGCAUGUUGGGGACACUUGGAAGUACUUGAAUUAUUGGUGCAAAACGGAGCCGACCUAAAUGCCAGAAAUAAACACGAUGAAACUCCCGCGGAUAUAUGCGAAGAUCCGGAAAUUAGGGAGAGGAUAGUGGAAUUGAAAACAGAACAAGAGAGUAAACGACUUCGUGAAGCGCAAGGGCGUAGGGUACGCAGAUCGCAAAGCAUAAAUACGCGAACACAAAGCGUACGUCGAACAUCCAUUCGAGACAAAGUUCUUACUACGAAAAAAGACGCGCAGGAAGAAACUCGCUUAAGGUUACAAGCGCAACAGACGUAUGUUAGCGCUCCUACGCCUAGUAUUCCGCCAUUGGAGAACAAUACGCAGGAGGUAGGGGACCACGAGACUGAUUCCGGCGCGCUGACUUCAGCGGUGCGGAAAGGUCCCGAAGGAAAAGACAACGAGUCUUUUCUUCACGAAGAUGUUGAUAAAGAUUCAGCAGUGACAGGGCCUGACCCACUGGUCGGCAGCCAGCCGCAGUCGCCGAUUUACUCUACGGACGCUGACACCAACGGCAAGAUCAACAUACACGUGUCCGUUGUUUUCGUGAAAUCCCUGUCGGAUCUGAAGAAGAAACGGGCGCAGAAUCGGCACAUAUCCGGCGGCUCCUUAGACGCGAACGGGAACGGCAUCCCGAUGCCGGUCUCGUCCAUCUCCAAUUCCGAUCUCAGCACCGACGAUUUCACCCAGCGCUUCACUGGGAACACCAGUGAGAUCGUGAGCGAUAAUCACUCGGAGAAGAGCUGCUGCACCGUCAUGUAAACGCGCUAAUUACACAAUCUCGUUUUCCUUGUCCUUGCCCACUGUUAUCUACGAUGUCGUCGGAGCUCACCGGAAUCUUUCGCGCACACAAACGAGAAUAUAUUCCCGCAAUUAUAUCUUCCAGUAUUUUUUUCAAGACUCAACGCUGCGUUCUUGUACUUCCGCAAUUUUUCAAGUCGCGCGUUUAAUCCGAGCCCGAGGGUCGUGAUAUUUUUUAUUAGAUAUAUAUAUACAUAUAUACAUAUAUUUUCUUAGCACAUAUAGAGCGACAUUAUGUACAUCACAGAUAAUAACCGCGGGGGCGCGUAUCGACAGCUUUAAAAUCAAAACAGUUAUCGGUUUUGAUGUCGCACGAACGGCAUAUAUGUACUUAAAUCAUGUGACGAAACGUUUUUCCUGCGAUUCUCACGCGAAUCGCAGCGUUUGAACAAGCUCGGUAUCAACAACACCUUGUUACGAUGACUACUCAGAGCAUGUACUUAUUUGUAGAAAUUAUAUAAUUGCAUUUUUGUUUUACAACUAUCCAGCGCCUAAAGCGUUCAAGUAUUGUACAGACUUUUACUUUAUUUAUUGUUAUAUUAAAGGAAAUGUAUAGACUACUAGAAAGACAAGAGAUGUGUGUUACAACAUUCGUAGGUACUACCUAGAUUCGAGUUUUUCUAGUAUCCCCGCAAACAGGUAUAAGACUAUCAGACAUCUUCCAAUAUUUUUUAUGAGACUAGCUGUAAGGAUUGAGUGGAAACUGUUUUUUAUAUCGAUUUAAAGAUUAUUUGUAAAUUUUGAUAUGUAGUAUUUAUCUAUCUAUUACAACUAAAGACUUUUCACUUGAAUUCCUUGUUCCGCAUAUAGCAAGUCGCUAUAUACAUCGCUGAUUUACAAUUUUGCACCUGUGUUGCGCCUUUGACAAACGCGUGACAUUCGAGUUUAAUUCGACAAUUCGUGCCGGAGAUAUUCGAGAUAUAAAUAUGUAAACUUUACUUCUUUUUUCGAGUAAAUUUUACGCAUCCCCGUGUAACGAGGGAGAAUACCAGCGAAUCAAAAUGGUAGCAAACUUUAUUCGUGAUCACGCGUAUAUACAGGACCGUGUGUAAAAUAAUCAUUUGUCCUGCCGAACGGUCGUAUUUUUUGUACACGUUUACGUCAAAUCGCAUCCAAAUUAAAAAUACAAAGAGGGAUCUUCGAAGGAAGUAAAUAGUACAAAUAAACGCUCAUACAUUCCUCCACGAUGCAUAAUAAACGUUGCCAAACUUUACGCGGCUUCCGGCCUUCACGAUAGCAGUCGCGUGACUCGUUCCGCGUCUUGCAAUUGCGUUAAUCGUGAAACUAAUGAUAAUCGCCGCGAUUAUUCCAAUUAAAAGUACGUAGCACACGUGCGAUAGUGGACGCAUGAUUUGAUUGCGAAUGUCUAUGGCGAAAGUUGAUUUCAAUGGCUGUAUUUGAAAUGAAUUUAUGUGACGUCUA